AUGUGGUCAGAACGAGAUCAGACGUUCAAGUAUGAGCAGCCUCAGUCGUAUAAGUUUGAUUUCAAUAUUGAUCAAGUCAAUGAAAUGAAUAAUGAAACUACGACUGAUGCUGGAAUGAUACCACUACAUGAUGAUUUACAACAACAAAAUUUAACUCCAGAUCAAUUGCAAGAGUUAUUCUCUCGAGUUAGUUCUGAGCUAGUUGCAGAAUCAACGGACGAUCAAGAGUUUUUUAAACGCGAAGAUACAAUCAAAGUACCAAAAACAAGUAAAACAAUGCAAACACCAUUUCCACCUCCUCCAUUAGAUCGUCAAGAAGAUGUCGACAUUCACAUCGAACAUUUGAAACAGUUAGCUAAAAAAGAAGCAAGUUCACUGGUCAUUGAAAGACAUUCUCCUAAUGAAAACGAAGUUGAUCACGUGCUAUCAACUAUUACAUUAACAUUUAAUCAAUCAAUGAUAAGUGUUUCUUCAUUAGAUGAACAAAUGAAAGCUGAAGAUCUAGGUAUAUCAUUAACACCAAACGUAGAAGGUAGAUGGAAAUGGAUAGGAACGCAAACAGUUCAAUUUGAAGCAAAGCAUCGUUUACCAUAUUCAACAAAGUACACACUAAAAGUCAACAAAGAACAUUGCGUGUCAGUAAUCGGAGGAAAAUUAGAGAACGAAUUUUUCUUCGAAUUUUCAACAACCACGCCAACAGUUCUCGAGUUCUUACCAAAUGAAGAAGUUUUAACAUUAAAACCUACAUGUUUUCUGUUAUUUGAUCAAAAAAUUGAUAAAAAUGAAAUUUUCAAGCAUUUAUGCGUAGUGCGUGGUGAUGAACAUAAAAUGUCAACAAAUGAAUUAGAACUAGUAGAUGAAACAACAGCAAAAAGUGAAUUCAAAUCGUUCAUAAAUGAAAAAGAAGGAAAUCAUGAGCAAUAUGUUGCAUUUACAUUUAAAGAUGAUUUAUUAAAAGCAACACAAUAUACAAUUCAAGUACCUACAGGCUGUCCAUCAGCCGAGGGACCACUGAUGACAACAUCAGAGUGGUCAACUAGCUUUAAUACUUAUGAACCUUUAAAAAUAAUUGAUUGGUUUCCAAACACAAACGAUGAGUGGCGAAACACUGCUAUUCCUGGUCGAACUUGGUCACUUACAUUUAAUAAUUCUUUAGAUCAUUCAACAAUUAAAAAAUCUUUAUUCAGAUUCGAGCCAGAAGUCAGUGGUCUAGGUGAGCAUAGACGAAACUCGUUUCAUAACAUAUUUUCUCAUUAUUUUGUGUCAAAAAUCAAUCUUAAAGAAAAACUUCUUUUAGGUAUUGAACAUACAGAAGACAACGAUCGAAAAAUAUUAUUACAUAAUGAAUCUCAGUCAAAUACUAUUUAUACAUUACUUAUACAGUCAGAAAUAUUGAAAGAUAUUUAUGGUCAAACACUACAACAUGAUCUUUCCGAUCAACCAAUUCAGUUCGAAGUACAAGCUAUAGAUUCACCAACAUUGGGAGUUUUACAGGGUGAAUCAGGCAUGAUCAUAAUGGAUCCUGCUCUAUUAAAUGAACCGUGUUACACAUUUAUCGUUUGUAACUAUUCAGAGCUAAUACUUCGCAUUAAUCGAGUGAAACCAGAACAUUACCAGGAGUAUUUACUAUACGUCAAUCGACGUUAUCGCAGCGAUGAAGAACAAGAGCCAGAUAAUAAAUUACCUGGUGAAGAAUUAUUAAAUGAAAUUAUACAAACAAACUGUCAAUUGAAUGAACCAAAAGAUAUAAGAGUUCCUUUGAAGGCAUAUUUUACGAAACCAUCUGGAUUAGGCCAACUAUUAAUAUUAAUUGAACUAACCGAAAAGGCACGCGCUGAAUUUCGAAAUGAGCAUUGGAAUGAUAGACCAACUAUAUCAAUCUGGCUACAAUGUACACGAUUAGCAGUUGAUGUAUUUUCCUCUUCAGAUCCGGAUUGUACAUUAACCACAUGGGUUACUGAUCUAAUGACCGGUGCACCCAUCAAUCAAGCAACUGUUUCAAUAUCGAAUCAGAAAAAAGAAACAGAUCAACACGGAUUAUGUACCAUUAAACGAUAUAGGCCAGGGAAUGUUCAAGAAACAGAAGAAGAAGAAGACACAAAAAAUGAAAUAUUAGUCGUAGAAAAAGGCGACGAUCUAUGUAUGCAAGGUGAAGCAAAAAUACCUACUUAUGCUCAAGGUGUAAUUGAUUAUAUAAUCUGUGGUUCUUACAGUGAACAACUUCAACAGUCAAAAGUAGAAUUGAAUAAUUAUGGAGCAUUUGAUAUCCAUUUUACAUUACCUGACAAUGUUAACUUAGGUAACGGAUACGUUAGAUUCAGUUUACUCGAUUCAAAAAGUAAUGAACAACAUUGUUUUCAAAUUCAAGAGUUUCGAAAACCGGAGUAUGUAGUUUCAUCAAUGAUUCGACCACCGUUAGCAUAUUAUUGCUAUCCAACUGUUGAUCAAUACGCUAUAGCUAGUUGCGAAGGAAAACUAUUUGUCGGCGGUUGUUUAAAUGAUGCAUAUGUCCGAUGGACAGUACAAGCUACAACAACAACAUUUACACCAGCUAACCAAUACGGCUAUAUGUUUGGCAGAGCUCAAUCGUUCUGUUACUAUUCUAGCUAUGAUAGAAAAACCAAAAUAUCAUAUCCAAAAAAGCACUUUCAGGGAAAAACAAACAGUAAAGGUCAACAUGAAAUAAAAAUUACUUAUCAUGGUAUUGAACAAGAACCAAGGCCAAUCAUUGUUCAUACAUUAGCAACCAUUACUGAUCUGAAUUAUCAAACACAAGAAACAAAAGCAAAUUUUCUCAUACAUCCAUGUGCAUAUUAUGUUGGAUUUCAAUUCGUAAAGAAUUAUGGAAAGAAAGAUGAGCCUGUACAAACAAAAGUCAUCGUAACAGAUAUUGAUGGAAAUUUAAUUGAUAAUAUUUUGGUUCGAUGCGAAGUCAUUGGAUAUGGUAGCGAAAAAAAAGAAGAUCGAAAUGGUUUAACAAUAUUUGAAGAAAUAAAAGAUGAACAAACAUUAACAAUAGUCAGUUCAAAUAAAGGCGCAGUUAAUAUUGAUUAUACACCAAAAUUAGAUGGUAGAUACAAUAUAACAUACAGUGCCAAAGAUGAACAAGGACGAUUAGCUAUGAGCUACUAUGAAAAUUUUUAUGUUUCUGGUGGUUAUAAAAGAGAAAUACAACACGAUAAAGAAAUUAGUUUCAUUCCAACUGAUUCAAUCACAAUUAUACCGAAUGCAAAAAAUCCAGCUAAUGGACUACUUAUACUCGAUUGUGACGGUCAAGUCUCAGAACCAAUACUAUUUCAAAUAGAACCUGGAAAAAAUUCAACAACUAUUGAAUUUAAAAUAUCAAAAGAUUGGAUACCAAACGUCGAGGUUCACGCUGAAUUAACGGGAUCAAUCCCAAGAGAAAUAGAAGUGAUUGAUUCACCACAUCGUCCAGCAACUGCUAUUGGUUCAGUAUCGCUAAAAGUAUCAACAGAUAUUUACAAACUAAAUGUUUUAAUUAACACAAAAGAAACAAAUAAAAUGUAUGCACCAUCAUCGAUCAUUCAUAUUGAUGUCAACGUCACGCAAUACUUAGAUAAUGCAUCUGUAGAUAAAGCAGAAGUUUGCUUAAUUGUUGUUGAUGAAGCCAUAUUAUCAUUAACGGGUCACAAAUUAGAGAGUCCAUUGAAUCAAUUCUAUCAUAAUCGAUCAGAAAAUAUCAGACAUCAUCAAAGUAGAGAGCAUUGCUUACUUUCCAAUGUUCAAUAUAUUGAACAACUUAAGAAAAAGAUACAAGAACGUCUCACCUUAAACGACAGUGACCGUUGUGGUGGGGGAGGUGGUGGAGAUGACAGAUCGCGCCAUAACUUCAUGGCAACUGCUGUUCGGUCGAACUUCAAUCCCCUCGCAUGUUGGACACCCUCAUCAAUCACUGAUUCAUCAGGACAUGUUUCAAUUGAAGUUAAAUUGCCUGAUAGUCUAACACGCUACCGUGUAUGGGCGCUAGCAACGAAUGAUAAGCAAUACGGUUUUGGUGAAAUGUCAUUUACUGUACAACUACCAAUUAUGGUUCGACCUUCACUACCACGCUUUCUUAAUUAUGGAGAUACAGCUCAUUUCUCAGUUAUUUUACAAAAUCAAACUGAUCAAUCAUUACUAUUACAUGCUGGCUUAAGAGCAACAAAUGCUAAAUUAUUAGCAUCACAAACAAAUCAACAAGCAGUUGGUUAUUCAAUUGUUAUACAACCUAGUAAACGAGCUGCUCUUAAAUUUCCUGUAACAACAAUUCAUUCUGGUAUAGCUCGAUUUCAGUUUGUAGUGAGUACUGCCAAAAAUGAAACAUGUGCAUCAUUUGAUGGUGCAAUUGAAUUAAGUUUACCUAUAUUUACACCAGCAACAUCUGAAGCAUUUGCAACAUAUGGCGAUAUAUAUGAUGAACAAGCAGUUUUACAACCAAUAAAAAUACCAAAGAAUGUUCUUGCACAAUUUGGUGAAGUAUCAGUAACAACAAGUUCAACAGCAUUAUCAUCAUUAACUGAUGCAAUUAUUUCACUCUAUACAUAUCCAUAUGAAUGUACAGAACAAUUAAGUUCCAGAUUAUUAGGUAUACAGUCACUGUGGGAUGUUUUACAAGCAUUUCACUGUAAAGAAUUACCUGACAUAUCGAUAUUGAAAACUAAAUUAGAAUCAGAUAUAAAUAUCUUAAAAGGUCGUCAAUAUCCAAAUGGUGGAUUUGGUUAUUGGUCAAACCGAAACGAUUCUCAUGCUGAUCCAUAUAUGAGUGUACAUGUUGCACAUUGUUUAGUUGUUCUUGUGAAUAAAAAGGUAUUUGAUAUUGACGAGAAUAUGCUGAACACUGCACUAAAAUAUCUUGAAAAUAUUGAAUCUGAAAUUAAUAAAUUACCAUACAGUGAACAUUGGUCUGAAAGAACUCGAUUUAGUUUGAUGAGUUAUGCAUUAUAUGUACGAGCAAAACAUCUUCAAAAUGUUGCUGAUGAAGCUUCACAAUUAUUUCAACGAAGUGGAUUUGAUAAACUUAGUUUAGAAUCAAUAGGGUGGCUAUUAGUAGCACUCUCUAAUGACACGAUUUCUAAUAAAUAUGAAUUAAUUGACCGAAUAUACAAAUAUUUAAAAGAUAAAGUAAAUGAAACAGGGGAAACAGCGAAUUUUAUAACAUCUUAUGGUGAUGAUGGUCAAUCAGUGAUGUUACAUUCAAAUCAACGAACAGAUGCUAUAUUAUUAGAAUCAUUAUUACAUAUUGAUCCAAAGUCUACUCUUUGUACUAAAUUAUGUAAAGGAUUACAAGCACAUAGAGUGAAAGGCGCGUGGAAAUCAAUACAGGAAAAUUGUUUUGUUUUAAUUGCAUUGGAUAAGUACUUUCAUAUCAGAGAAAAAGAUGAACCAGAUUUUGUUGCUAAUAUUUGGUUUGACAAUGCCUAUUGUGAUCAACAUCAAUAUAAAGGUCGAACAACAAAUGCAUAUACAAGAAAUAUUUCAAUGAAAGCAAUCUUGUCGCCGUCAUCAUCACCAUCCAAUAUAAAUAAUAAUGAUAAGAAUUUAAUCAUACACAAAGAUGGUAAUGGUCGAUUGUAUUAUCGUAUUGCAAUGAAUUAUGCGCCAUCAAAUCUGCAACUAAAAGCAGUUAACUAUGGUUUUAAAAUUGAACGAAUAUACGCAGCUAUCGAUGAUCCAUCACAUGUUCAGAAACAGCCUGAUGGCACUUGGAAAUUCAAAUUACAGGAAAAAAUCCAAGUCACUUUAACAAUGACAACAACACAACAACGACAUCAUAUAGCAUUAGUUGAUUAUUUACCAGCGGGUUGUGAACCAUUAAAUAGAAAAUUAAACGGUACAUUGACAGAUAAUACAAACUCAUCAAUAACUGGAUCCAAAAGAAAUAAUUAUUCUGAUGGACGUCGACCAUAUUUAACUAUCGGUUGGACUGAUCAUGAAAACUUAAGAGAUGAACGUGCUGAAGCAUUUCGAUCAAUAUUAUGGCCUGGUGUAUAUGAAUGGAGUCAUGUUAUGCGUGCAACAUGUGCUGGAACAUUUAUCACGCCACCAGCUAAAGCAGAAGAAAUGUAUUCACCCGAAAACUUUGGUCGCUGUGCCACAGAAAUGGUUAUCAUUGACUAA